AGCAAACAAGCGCCCUAGUUAGAGCACAAGUGAACAUAUUGGAACGCAGUAGUACUAAGUAGUGGUCCGUCUGCCCUCAGAGAGCCUUAAAUAUUUUGUAUUUAAACGGCCAUUGGUGCGGUUCCCAGCGGUUUGGUUCGCAUGCUACAGGUUAAAAUAAACGAAAAGGCCUACAUGAAGCUUGUUGACACUGACGAAAAAGCAGCAAUUUGGUCGCUAUGAGGAGCAGUUCGUCAACCUCGGUUCGCCUCAGUAGUCCUCCAGCAUGUUUACAUGCACCUCGAGCUGGACUCGUGGACGCUGCUGUAGAACAUUUAAUGGUCAGAAAAGAUUUUCAAGCUGCGUUUGACACAUGUGAGAAGGGACUGGGAAGUUUGAAUUCGGACGAGCAAGAAGAAACCUGUUUCAGACAUGGAGAGUUGAAAGCAGCGCUUUGUAUAGUUGGAGUUCAAGCUUUGGCUGAGCUUAACCAGUGGCACGAUGUCCUUACAUGGAUCUUGCAGCACUACGGCGAAACAGUGAAAAUUCCUGCAAAACUCAUGCAGAUGUGUAUUCUUCUUUACUUCAAAGUGGCCGAGCAGGCAGAAGUGCAGGAAGUGGUCCGAACAUGGCUGCACUGCUCCAGUAACAUGAGCCAGUCAGGUUACAGUAGUGUUGCAGAGCUUUAUAUUCUACAUGUUCUGCUGCCACUUGGCCAAACCACUGAGGCCAUAGAACUGCUGGAGGAUGAAGUAGGACAGGCUGCCUUUAAUGAAGACCAGAGACAGACUGCACUCACAGUAGUGGAGAAUUUUAAUGCCAAAAAUAAGCCCCCCUCAUAUACAGUCCCAGAAUCUCUCUGUGUGCAGGCAGAGGCUAGAAGCAGCGUUACUACUCCGCAAGGUUUGCUGGUCCAGUGGUUGAACUCUGUUGUGAGAUUGUUGUACAGGGCCCUCUCCACUGUUAGCACCAACAUCAGGUCCCACUCUCUUCGCAGAGCUUUUCUGCUUCUGCUGCUGCUGUACCUGUUGCUCAUACGCAUGGACCCAGCUUUGCCCUCAGCUUUUCCAUGGAUCCUUCGGCUCUUUGGACUCUUCCAGCAGAUGUGGAAUACCAUGUUUGGACCUUACUACAGGGCUUUAUCCUGAAAGCAAGAUUUGCACACCAUCACCUAAAAUAAAAAGAGUCUGAGUCUUUUGAGACAGCUUGAGUCUGCCUGCACGGAAUGAGAAAUGAACAACAUCCACAGUCAAAUUUCACUAGUCAGCAGUGUCUACAUGCAGAAACAAAUUUCAAACAUUUUGCAUUGUCACUAUAUACCUUUUGAAUGAAACAUUCCACAACAAGGCAGUGUUUGUUUGUCACCCAGAAGUUGGUUCUGUUUCAGUUUUGCAGAAUAAGGUUUGAGGGUGUGGCAAGAGAAUAGUGUUGAGUAAUUUAUAACAGCACUCAUGCAAUUUGCCAGUUGAAACAAUAUCACUGUCAUCUUAAAGUCUUAAGAAAAGGGCCCAAAGAGGCUUAAAUACUUGUGACAGCCCUCUCAAGAUAUAAGCAGAUAAAUGAAUAGCUGUUGAUUAUGUAUAAAUGAUUAAACAAAUGAAAAUGAAA